AUUUAAAUGUGUUUUCAUUAGUAUUUUGUAUUGAAUUUAGUGCUCAUAUCGUAGUAAUCAAUGGAUUCAUGCGAUGACUACGAACUGACAUUAAGUCAACAGUUGUUUAAUCUUCAGUUGGAUUUAGAGAAACAACUGAAAGACAUCGACAACCACUCCGACGAUGCCAUCGAUGGGUCACGCGAUGGACUCAAACAAAGUCUUGUAUUUAAUUAUUUGGACACAAUUUUAGACAAUAAACUCGUUUCGGUUGAAGACUUCGGCGACGACAUGGAUUGGCUGAACGUGUCAUCGAGUCUAUCACUGAACCGGCAUAUGAAUGGUGUGAUAGUGAUACUGGACUUCUUCACGUACUGCUGCAUCAAUUGUCUGCAUAUUGUGCCCAAACUGUGCCAAAUAGAGGAUGAGUUUGCUCGGGAUCCGGUUGUGGUGAUUGGCGUCCAUUCGCCCAAAUUCUCCAACGAGAGACACAUCACCAAUGUUUGCGACGCCCUCUUGAAGUAUAACAUCACUCAUCCGGUGGUGAACGAUCCCACGGCUAAGCUCUGGACCAGUCUUGAGGUGCAGUGUUGGCCCACUUUAGUGAUGUUGGGACCAAACGCUCACAUUUUGUUCACUUUAGUCGGCGAAACAGGUGUCGACCGAUGGCUUCACUUCUAUACACAAACUUCUCUCAAAUAUUUUGAGCGCAAAAAUUUGCUAAUCAAUGAAAAUAAGCGCAAACUUCCCGUUAAACUACUGAGAGAUUCAUUUGAGAGACAGUUAUUAGGCUUUCCCUCGAAGAUUAGUGCCUCACGAGACCAGCAAAUGAUUGCCAUUUCUAAUGCAAAAUAUCAUAAUAUAAUUAUCGCCACAAUUAAUGGCAUAAUAAAGCAUAUAAUCGGUGGAAGUGAGCCGGGGUUUAGAGACGGGCCCUUUUCUGACGCGCGUUUCAAUGGUCCCAAUGGUGUUGUCUGGAGAGGUAAUGAUGUUGUGUUUGUGGCCGACACUGAGAACCACUCCAUUAGAGAGAUAAACCUCACCAAUGGAACCGUUGCCACAAUUGCUGGAAAUGGGACAAUAAGUGAUGACAGAAUUGGUGGUCAAAUAGGUUGUGAACAGAGAUUAAACUCUCCGUGGGAUGUGUGUUAUGGCGACAAUUGCUUGUGGAUAGCAAUGGCAGGUUGUCACCAAAUUUGGGUUCUUGUACUCGAAAACAAUACUAAAGUGUUGGACAAAACCUACUCAAAGGGAACGUGUUUUAGUUUCGUUGGCAACGGUGCCGAAGAGAAUCGAAAUAACAGAUACGGACGGAAUGCCAGUUUCGCACAGCCCUCGGGACUGGCAUUGGAUGCCAAACAUAAUUAUCUUUACGUCGCCGACAGUGAGAGCUCUUCUGUACGAUGUGUUGACUUAUCCAAUGGAUGUGUUUCUGGUAUCGUUGGCGGUGAUAGAGAUCCACGCAAUUUGUUUGCCUUCGGGGAUAGGGAUGGGAAAGGGAUUGAAUGUCGUUUACAGCACUGUUUGGGAAUUGCUUUCGACACUCAAAACAACUAUUUUGGUCAACAAAUCAAACUCACAGAAGGGGCCAAACAAUCAAUCAGUUUUCUAAAUCCAGAUGAUGAUGUGUUUGUCAUUUCUCACGAAAGGAUCGAUAAUUUUGAACAAAUCUCAGACUUUUCGCUCAAAGCUAAAGACACGGACAUCGAUGAGUAUUGUCAUAACUCGGAUCCACUGAUCAAUCCUUACCGAAGACCGAGUUAUGUGAAGAGGAGGAAGGAAUUGAUCGCUAAUAUGAUGGCAACCAUUAAUGGCACGAAUACUUCCAGUACUAAACCCAUGGGCGGCCCACCAAUGCCAUGGUUUGGGAUGGACAUCGGCGGGUCACUCGUCAAACUGGUGUACUUCGAGCCCACAGACAGUUCUCCCGCAGAGAUUGACUCGGAAUUGGAGACACUGAAGAAGAUCAGGCAUUACCUGAAGAGGAACUCAUCGUACGGAAAGACAGGCAAACGUGACGUUUACCUGCAAAUGGAUAAGUGCUGUAUUAAUGGCAGAUACGGAACCCUUCACUUCAUCCGAUUCCCGACUUCAGAAAUGCCUGUUUUCCUAAAACUGGCCAAAUCUAAAGGCAUGGCACACAUGGCCAGCACUGUCUGUGCCACUGGUGGCGGUGCCUUCAAGUUUGAGGCAGACAUCAAACAACAAGUGAAUCUCGAUUUACAUAAAUUCGAUGAAUUGGAUUCACUCAUCCAUGGGAUCCACUACAUCGAGGCCUAUAACCAACACGAGUGCUACUAUUUGUCGGAUCCGUUGGACGACGACAAGUGCACUAAAGUUCCCUACGAUUUCAGUCAUCCCUAUCCCUUCCUUGUUGUGAAUAUCGGCUCCGGAGUCGGUAUUCUUGCCGUGUAUUCGCCCGAGAAGUACAAGCGAGUGAGCGGUUCCAGUAUAGGCGGCGGCACUUUCCUCGGCUUAUGUGCUUUACUUACCGGUUGUGAGACCUUUGAAGACGCCAUCCAAUUGGCAGCCAAUGGCGACUCCACUAAAAUCGAUAAAUCCGUUCGUGACAUAUAUGGCGGCGAUUACUCCAAAUUCAAACUCAGCGGUGAUAUCAUUGCCUCGAGUUUCGGACACAUGUGUAGCGCCGAGAAGAGAGCGCAGGCGACGCCGGCAGACAUGGCCAGAGCCACACUCGUCACCAUCACCAACAACAUCGGCGCCAUCGCCCGCAUGUGCGCCAUGAAUGAGGGCAUCGAGAGAGUGGUAUUCGCCGGCAAUUUCCUGCGCGUCAACGAGAUAUCAAUGAAAUUAUUGGCGUUUGCGAUGGACUUCUGGUCCGACGGCACACUGAAAGCCUUAUUCCUCGAACACGAGGGAUACUUCGGUGCCGUCGGGUGUCUACUGGAGCUCAUGAAGACUGGCAGUUGAUAUGUGCGACUCUUAUCCAACGAAAUCAUGGAUUUUUAAACUAAUUUGCAAUUGUUUUAUCCCAUUAUUAGAAUAGAUUUCUUUUAAUAAUUAU